AUGGCUGCCGUAAUUGGCUGUUUAGUAAAUAUACCACGGAAAAAUAGAGAAUUUAGAGUAAUAAACUUAAAUGAAAGCCUAAAUGAUGAAGAAUUGAGAAGAAGGUUCAGGUUUGGAAGAAGAGGAAUAGAGUAUUUGGCCGAUUUGCUGAGAGAGAACCUAGCUAGGGAAACAGACAGAAGUUGUAGCCUGUCAGUCGAAGAACAGGUCUGUAUAGCGCUGAGGUACUACGCUUCAGGUUCAUUUAUGCAGGUUGUUGGGGACACACAUGGGAGACAUAAAAGUACUGUUUGUAGAGUUGUGGAUAAGGUUACCAAAGAGAUAGUGAAGCGUCAUAAGCAAUACAUUAAGUGGCCAGUUGAUGAAGCUACCAAGAGACGAGUGAAGUCUGAGUUUAGCAACAUAGCUGGAUUUCCAGGUGUUAUAGGGUGUGUUGAUGGUAGCCACGUCCGUUUCAUCAAGCCAUCACCAGACCAAGAGAGAGGUUUUAUCAACAGAAAAGGAUUCCCGUCCAUAAAUGUGAUGGCAGUGUGCGAUGCAAAAGGAAAAUUCACAUUUAUCAAUGCGCAAUGGCCUGGAUCAGCUCACGAUAGCUUUAUAUUUCGAACAUCCACACUUGGAUGCCACAUGGAGAGAAACCACAGGGGUUUGGAAGAUGAGAUUAUUCUUGGAGACAGCGGAUAUUUGAGAAAGACACCAGCCAAGGCAUCAGAAGUGAUUGUGGCGUGUGCUGUUCUCCACAAUAUAGCCAUCAUGCUGCAAGAACCUGAUGUGCCUGAUGAUGACAAUGACGAUGGAGCAGACGCACAAAUACCAUAUGCAGGCAGAGAGACUGGCUUCUUGGUCAGGGAUCACCUUGCUCAAGUUUACUUUUAA